CUUUCACCCAAACACUACAUCACACAGGCUGAUGCAAGUUGAAUGAGUGAGCUGUCCACUGCGUUUGAAGAAUACUGACGAAGAUGACAGACUGUCAAGGCGAUGGCGAAGGAACCAUGAGUCCCAUGGAGCUUUUCGAGAAACUGAAUGCUCAAGGAGAAAAAGUCAGAUCCUUGAAAUCAGCUAAAGCAGAGAAAGCUGAAAUCGAUGCUGCUGUCCAGCUGCUGCUAAAGUUGAAAGUGGACUAUAAACAGAUGACGGGCCAAGAUUAUAAGGCAGGGUGUCCACCAUCAGAAAAUCUGAUUGUGUCAAACAACGGGCCUGCAGCAGAUGACUGUGAUGGAGAAGACUUAGUUGACCCGUGGAAUGUUUCUGCUUCCAGCACCAAAGGAGUAGAUUAUGAUAAACUCAUAGUGAGGUUUGGCAGCAGUAAAAUUGACAAGGAGCUGUUGGAAAGAAUAGAAAAAGUCUCGGGACAGAGAGCCCAUCACUUCCUAAGAAGAGGAAUCUUCUUCUCACACAGAGAUAUGCAUCAGAUCUUAGAUGCGUAUGAAAAGCACAAGUCCUUCUACCUUUACACCGGCAGAGGUCCGUCCUCAGAGGCCAUGCACGUUGGUCACCUCAUCCCUUUCAUCUUUACCAAAUGGCUUCAGGAUGUGUUUGACAUCCCCCUCGUGGUCCAGAUGACCGAUGACGAGAAAUACCUGUGGAAAGAUCUCACACUUGAGGAAUGCCAUCGCUUCACUGUGGAAAAUGCCAAGGACAUCAUCGCCUGUGGCUUUGAUGUCAACAAGACCUUCAUCUUCUCAGACCUUGACUACAUGGGUGCAUCGCCUCAGUUCUACAGAAAUGUGGUAAAGGUCCAGAAGCAUGUGACAUUUAACCAGGUUAAAGGCAUCUUUGGCUUCACAGACAGCGACUGCAUUGGAAAGAUCAGUUUUCCAGCCAUCCAGGCAGCUCCGUCCUUCAGUAGCUCAUUCCCACAGAUAUUCGGCGGCAAAAAAGAUGUACCGUGUCUCAUCCCCUGCGCCAUAGACCAGGACCCCUACUUCAGGAUGACCCGUGAUGUCGCUCCAAGGAUCGGCCUCCUCAAACCAGCCCUGCUGCACUCCACUUUCUUCCCUGCCCUGCAGGGGGCGCAGACUAAGAUGAGCGCCAGCGACCCCAACUCAUCUAUAUUCCUCACUGACACACCCAAACAGAUCAAAAACAAGAUCAACAAACACGCAUUUUCGGGAGGAAAAGACACAGUGGAAGAGCACAGAAAGUAUGGUGGCAACACAGAGGUGGAUGUCUCUUUCUUGUACCUGACCUUCUUCCUGGAGGAUGAUGAAAAGCUGGAGAAGAUAAAAGAGGACUACACAAGUGGGGCUCUAUUAACAGGAGAACUGAAGAAGAUUUUGAUUGAGACUCUGCAGCCAAUGAUUGCCCAGCAUCAAGAGAGGCGAAAACAAGUCACAGAUGAGAUGGUGCAGCAGUUCAUGACACCCAGGCCUUUAAAUUAUAAGUUCUAGCUUGCUUGGGCAUGAGCAGUCAGGGUUCACCAUGUGGUUAAGCUCAGUAUAAGAACAAAAAAAAGAAUCCCACUUUUUUUCCAUUUGAAGUCUGUUUAAUGGGAAAGAACAACAAUUUCUCUUACGGUUUACAACCAAACUGGAGUGAUGAAAUGCCUCUCUGUGUCAAACUAAGCACGGCAUUGCCUGCACCUUCAUGCUAAUUCCCAGUUGAUUAUUGACUUCCAGCAGUACCAAAUGUACCCAUUUAUUUUCACAAUGUGUUAUAGCUCUCUCAGGACUGGAAGACGAUAAAAGCAGAGUACUAACACAUAUCUCUAAAAACCGAACUACUAUCAUCAGUUAAGAUAUACAUCCACUUUGUCUUUAUUUACUUUAAAACAGCCUUCUGAACAAUAAUUGUAACUGUGUGAUUAUCAAAAGCGGUUGUGUUGUAACUUGUAAUCAGGAUCAGGCAGCGUGUGAGGUGUAUUAUAAAAGGUCCAUCUUAUAAAUACACCUCAGUUUGAACAUACAUCACAAGUAGGAUGUAAGUGUCUCAGUCAUGGGAACAAAAGCAAAUGUUUGUUAUCAGCAAGGGACGUCAGUCAAGACAGGUAGAAAAUCUUCAUCCAGCUUAUUCUCACACAAAAAAAUUAAACGUCUUUAACAACUAA